AUGUCCACUGAAUGGAUUGAUAGAAGGACAGGUAGAUGUUUUUAGUUUAGUAAUUCUGUGAAGGAAAUUAAGCAAAAUUCUUAAACCAGUUACUCUAAUUAUUACAGUAAAAUGAUUCAUAUCCAAGCCAAAUAUUGAGUUAGCAUAGACACUAAAAUUAAGGAAAAUCAUUCUCAAGUCACGUAAAUUCAUUCACUCGUGAAUUUAAAAGGCACCAGCUCAAAUCUGUUGUUUUAAAAUCACAUUUGUUUUCUUACAUCAAGGGCUACCAUGUGUAUGUAUUCACAUUACAUUGGCGAUUCUGAUGAGGUUUGGCAGGCAGUGUCAAACAAAACUCUCUGCUUGCCCUAAAACCAACCAAAAGCAAGUAACAUAAUGUUUAAAUUAAACGUAAACACGGCGUCAGGUGACGUUCGCGAUGGGAAAAGACACUACAGUAUUUAUUUGCUGUGAUGCGGCUACCAGCUCGAAUCCCUCUUGUAUUUAAAAUAUAUACUCAUAUUUAGAUUAUUGUUGCUUUAUUAAAAAUAGCCGUUGGAUGUUACUCACAUUUCGGUUGCGAUUCUAACGAGUUUUUAUCGAACGUUUGUCUUGUUUGGUCAAUGCGAGUCGAGGCAGAUUCGUCACAAGCGUGUUGAGACAGUCAACCCGACACGGAAAAAUAUAGAAACAUUUUCAAAAAUAAGUUACGUACACGUGCACCGUAUAUCUUUUUUAACGGGGCGUUCUUAGCCUAUCACGUUAUACGACGCCUUUGUCUUUAUUCCACGAACAGCUGGUAGUUGUCGUGGCGAAAGUGCGCCCGUCGUUUCGACGUGCAGCCAAAGCCUCAGCUAAACUAAGCUAAGCUAAGCGGUGUAUUGUGGGAGAGACAGACAGAAAGAAGCUACCGUACCCUGCCAAAGCUCCACACAGCAGCACAGACACGAGCAGCAGCCACACAAUAUGUGCGGGCUCUCGCUCAAAAAGGAGCCACUUACACCCUUCACCCAGCGAAAUCAUGUAAUGUGAGCGGGGCGAAAAGCGAUUCCCCAUUUAUCUCACCGAUUCAACAAGAAAGAAUCCCUCGAUCGGGGCGAAUCAUGUCCAAGCCGGGGGAGAGAAACAAAUUGUGCGAGGACCAUGGCAGAAAGCAGAGUUCAACGUUGGCCAACGGCACGGACGGUCACCCCGGCUCGGCGGAGAAGCGGAGUCACCACUGGAGAAGUUUCAAGCUGAUCAUCGACCCGGCACUCAAGAAGGGAUCGCACAAGCUGUUUCGCUACGAUGGACAUGCUUUCAACAUGCCCAACCCGGGGAUGCCACCGGUGGACAGCGUCCGAGACCCGAGGAUCGGUCGCCUAUGGACCAAAUACAAAGAAACGGACCUACCGGUGCCCAAGUUUAAGAUCGAUGAGUAUUACAUUGGCCCCGUGCCCCCGAAGGAGGUGACGUUCGCACGUUUGAACGACAACAUACGUGAGGGCUUCCUGACGGACAUGUGCAAGAAGUUUGGUGACAUCGAGGAGGUGGAGAUCCUUUACAACCCCAAGAAUAAGAAGCACCUUGGGAUUGCCAAGGUGGUCUUCGAGAGUGUCAAAGCCGCCAAGGUGGCCGUGCAGAUGCUGCACAACACGUCCGUGAUGGGAAACAUCAUCCAUGUGGAGCUGGACCCCAAAGGUGAAAAUCGCAUUAGGUACUUCCAGCUCCUGAUGAAUGGAAGCUACACGCCGCGGACGCUGCCUGUUGGUGGGGAGGAAGCGAGAGAAGUUUCCCCUCGUAGCCUGGCUGAAGCUUUACUGGCAUGCGAGCCCAUCCGCAGGUUGUCGGAGAGCAACUUGUCGGCUGCGGCAGGCUCGAUCCCGCCGAGCGGCAGCACCUCUACCACACCGCUGUCCCUGGAGACGGGCUACUCCAGCCUGAGGCAGGACACGCCCCAGUCCCAGGGAACGCCACGCCAAGUGGGCACCCCCUUCUCACAAGACUCCAGCUACUCCAGUCGCCAGUCCACCCCCGCGUACCAGUCCGGCACCAGCCGUGUGGAGAGUUCCGGAGGCUACAAGUCGCGGAGACACGAGAGCAAGUUCCAGGAUGCUUACAAUCGCAGACCGGAGAGGCCUCAGUACCGCAGCAAUAUGUACCGCAACACCACAUCUGAGCAAGCGCCCUUUAAGCAGCAUCACCUCACUCCCCCUGAACCUCCACCUACGCCCCCCUCUUUCUCCUAUACGGCACCUCCCCCUGCUACGCCCAACUUCAAGUCUGCUUUCUCGCCCUACCAGACUCCCUUGCCUCCCGCUUUCCCCCCGUCGGAACCAACAUUUCAUCACCCGUCCCAAAGGGAGGGCGAGUGCCAGCGACCCCCUCAGCCGCCUCUGGCCGCACCCACUGACCUUUUGCCUUUGAAGGAUAGACCGGAAACCCCUCCCGCCCCCGAGCCUCCGCCGGAACCGGCACCCCAUCCUAGCACGCCUCCUCCCAAGACGCCCGAACACUGUCCGUCACCCGGCUCGCCCGCCGCUGACCCUGAGCGCAAUAGCCUGGACUCACGUAUUGAGAUGUUGCUCAAGGAGAAAAGGACUAAACUGCCUUUCCUGGCGGAGCGAGACUCGGACACUGAGGUGCGAAUGGAAGGGAGUCCCAUUUCCUCCUCGUCCUCGCAGCUCUCCCCGAUACCGCCGUACCUGGGCGGUGGAGCACCAAACUCCCGACCGUGUAGCACAGGCUUGGAGGACAUCAGUCCCACGCCGCUGCCGGACUCGGACUCGGAUGACGAGCCUAUCCCCGUAACGGCCUCGCUGGUCAAGAAGAACAGCUCUCCCCUCGACCACGAGAGCAACAGCAAAGUCAAUGAGGAACAUUCUCGAGCACACACGGCAACAGAAAAAAUCGAGACGAGUCAUCAUUCGUCCGGAGAAGACAUGGAGAUCUCUGACGACGAGAUGCCUGGCACGCCAAUCGCCGGCGGCGACUGUAGCAAAGGCAUUGUCGUCAACUCCGCCGUGUCCCCCAUCCAAACCCUGGCGCUCCCUCCGCCCGGCUUCUCCCACCUGGCCCACCAGGCUGGGUUCGCCAUGCCCCACCACCACCUUGGCGCCGUGCCGGGGCAUCCGACUCACCUGGCCGCUCAUCCCGCCGUGCACCCGCACCUGCUGCCCCACAUGGCUCACUACGCACCCGGCAUGAUCCCGAUGGUCCAAAUGGAGCUGAUGAACUGUUCGCAGUGGCAACAGUGGAGCACAGUUCCCAUGUCCUUCCAGAUGCAGCAGCAGAUGCUGAGCCGCAUGGCGCAAACGCGUGGCCCUUAUCCUUACCCGCAUUUCUUGGACAGCGCCGCCUCCGGGCAGUUCGCCGCACCGUACCAACAUCUCUCCAUGGGCGGCACACACGCCAGUGGUGCGGGGGCGCCAGGGCAACAGUGGCAACAUCCCAGCAUGCCCAAGUUCAACCCGACGGUUCCCCCUCCUGGAUAUGAGACAAAGAAGGAGGACCCCCACAAAGCCACCGUCGAAGGUGUGCUGCAGGUCAUCGUCAAAGAACUGAAGGCCAUCAUGAAGAGGGACCUUAAUCGCAAAAUGGUGGAAGUGGUGGCUUUUAGGGCCUUUGAUGAGUGGUGGGAGAAGAAGGAACGCUCGGCAAAGGCAUCCUUGACUCCAAUCAAAGGUGCGGAGGGUAAGGAAGAGGAGCGACCUAAACCGAAAGAGACCAUCGGUUCAAGUCUCCUUGAGAACUGGAACAAAGGCGAGGGUCUGGGUUACGAAGGCAUGGGGCUCGGAAUCGGCUUGCGAGGAGCCAUCCGCUUGCCCUCCUUUAAGGUGAAAAGGAAAGACCCACCAGAGGCCAUCACCGCAGGGGAGAACAAACGAGUGCGGCCCUCGACUCCUGUGGAUGACGAGCUGGAAGAUGAAGAGCGCGAUCGGGAUCUGACGGAGCUCCCAUCGGACGACUCCAAAAUGGACGGUGACGGCAUUUCGACCAAGCGGAGACACUCGCGCCCAAUUGACUUAGACAGCGAGGGCGAGGAGGAUGCGGACACAUCGGAGAAGGAGGAGUCGCUGUGCGACCGAGAGGAGGAACCCGACGGGACGGCGCCCACUGAAAGGCUAUCACCGAGCAAAAGUGUUGAUGAGGACGCUGACAGAGAGUCGUCCAGUGAGAGUGCAUCCUCAGAUUCUUCUGACGACGAGUCGGAGAGUUCCGCGUCAUCCAAGAGCAGCUCGGACUCCUCAUCGGCCAGCUCGGAUUCCUCCGAGUACGAGUUGAGCUCGGAAGACGAGGUCUCCGAGGUGGAGAUGGAAGACAACGAUGCGGGCAAAGCACCCAGGACCUCCUCAUCCUCUUCGUCGUCGUCAUCUUCAUCAUCGGAUGAAGAGGGAGAGACGGACUCCAGGCCACCCAGUCCUUCUCCAGUCCCGAUCAGGGAUGUUACGGAAGAGCUGAGCAGCAAACCGAAAUUCAGACCUCCAAGUCCCGAGGAGGCGCUAACGGAGGAAGUGAAGCCACCGUCGCCCAAACUUGUUCCAGCCAAAGAAGACGUCAGCGGCGAUGAAAGCGGCACUGUGAAGUCAGAACCUCGGGAGAACUUGCGGCCGCCCACGCCAACGGGCGCCCUUCCUUCCGACAGCGAUCAGGAGAGCAAAGCCAAAGGUAAAGCGGAGCCCGAGGGAGCGGCCACGAUGUCAGGUGGAUUAGCCCCGCCCCACCUCCAUUCCCAAGGCCUCGCGCCCCCGUCCGCUUCCGCCUCCUUAAUGCACCUCCCUCUCCCGCCUCGCCCCACAGUAGAAGGUCGCUCCAUCCUCCACCCGCCCUCAGAUCCCUCCCAAUGGGCUCGUCAGCCCACGGACGAAGACAUUCCCCGGACGCCUGGCCGAGACUUGGCGGAACGAGCCCGCCUUCUGGGCAAGUCCCAGAGCACGGACACGUUGCCUAACACCCCAGGUAGUGACGCUCCGCUCACGGGGAGCAGCAGCCUGAUGCUCAGCUCUCCGCAUAUUCCCGGUAGCCCUUUCUCUUACCCUGCUCAGUCUCCUGUCCUCAGCGCCGGAGUCCCUCGCACUCCGGGGCGAGACUUAACUUUCACCCCUGUCUUCCCUGACCCCUCCGCACUUAAUCGGAAGGUCUCCUCCGAGAGCCUGGACGAACGUCCCGUGUUUAAGGAGCCCCCCGUCAGCGCCUUACCUAACCAAGCCUCAUUAACAGGUACGGAGCAUCCGGCCAGCCUCUCCGGAGACGUGAGAUCCGAAGAAUCAGACAGCGUCACGUCCAAGCGCAAACCCGCGCGACGCAAAGGGAAAAAGAUUACCCUCCUCUCAGAGUCUUCUGAGCUGUCACCUGACUCGACUCCUUUGCGAGACGUCGAUGCGCGGAAAAUCUCCGCCAAGUCCCCUGAUGGCCCGAGCCCCGACUUUGGGGCAGCGCAACCUCAGACGACUCUGCUGCCCGAAACGGAAGAUGGCUUCCUUUCCUACGAAGAGGAUACGCCCGUGGUCAUAAAGCCGCCGCGGCGGGCGCGGCGAGGUUGGGAGGAGCUUCUGCUGGACAGCCUAUCCCCUGUCACCACGCCGCCUCGAGCUUACUUCUCCAGACGCAGUGACUUUGAGGAGAUGACCAUCUUGUACGACAUUUGGAAUGAGGGCAUCGACGAGGAGGACAUCCGGCUCCUGCAGGUCACCUACGACGAGAUGCUGCAGCAGGACAACGGCAACGACUGGCUCAACGACACGCUUUGGGUUAAUCAUCCGCAAACCAACAUCCCGCGAGUGAAGAAAAAGAGACGAGAUGACGGCAUGAGGGAUCACAUGACCGGCUGUGCCCGAAGCGAAGGUUACUACAAAAUUGACAAGAAGGACAAGAUCAAGUACCUGCUGAGCACGCGGCUGCAGUCGGAGGAGCCACCCGUUGACACUCAGGGGAUGAGUAUUCCUGCGCAAGUGCACGCCUCCACCAGGGCGGGAUCCGAGCGGCGGUCUGAGCAGCGCCGCUUGUUGUCGUCGUUCGCGUGUGACAGCGACCUCCUCAAGUUCAACCAGCUGAAGUUCCGUAAGAAGAAAAUCCGAUUCUGCAAGUCGCACAUCCACGACUGGGGUCUGUUCGCUUUGGAGCCCAUCGCUGCUGACGAGAUGGUCAUUGAGUACGUGGGACAAAAUAUCAGACAGGUGAUCGCGGACAUGCGGGAGAAGCGUUACGAGGAUGAGGGCAUCGGCAGCAGCUACAUGUUCCGCGUGGACCACGACACCAUCAUUGACGCCACCAAGUGCGGAAACUUUGCUCGCUUCAUCAACCACAGCUGCAACCCUAACUGUUACGCGAAGGUGAUCACAGUAGAGUCGCAGAAGAAGAUCGUCAUCUACUCGCGGCAGCCCAUCAACGUCAACGAGGAGAUCACGUACGACUACAAGUUCCCCAUUGAGGAUGAGAAGAUCCCUUGCUUGUGCGGCGCCGAGAACUGCCGGGGGACGCUCAACUGAGCAAAACUGCCAACGUUUGAUGGUUUACGAUUUAUGGUGCUGUUCCAUCCAUUCGACUUGUCCGCUUUUGGGUCCCCCACUCGCCCCGUUGUUUUCUUGGCUUGAUUAAUUACACAAUUUGGAAAAGCUUUGGGGUGAAAUUUCAGGAUUUUAUUUUUUAUUUUUUUAAACACUGAUCAGCGAGAAGGACCCCUGCCAGGGGAAAACAAACGUGACUGGGAUCGGGAUAUCUCUUAACACUCUUUGGGAUCAUUUAAAAAAAAAAAAAAAUCCACCCAAAUUCAACCAGAGUUAUGAUAGUAACAAACAAAUGUGGCCUUUUUAAAAAGGAUGCCCAUUGCGUGUCAUGUCACUGGCAAAAGUUGACACUUUUGGCAUAACAACGGUGUACUCUUCAACAGUAUUUGUCGAAAUGGGCAUAGAGAUCCUGCAGCUUACGAGCGCUAAUACUGCAAAAAAAAAAAACCUCAAACUAUUGUAAUGACCACAAUAAUACAGCAUUUUUCACCAUCUUUUUAUUUUGUAUAGCCCUUGUAGGACUUACAUGUUCACUGCACAAAAAAAGCUAAAGAAACAUCCAAAUAACUUAAAGGCUCAACUUGAAGCUUCUGUACAUCAAUUAAGAAUUAAUUGACUCCUUUCGCAGUAUCGGUGAGCUUCUCAUGUAUUAUUCCGUCAGUGUUCAAACGGUUCCUGCGACAACAACAACAAAAAAAGGAAAAAUAAUUGUUGAAUGCACUUCCGCUUUGCCAGGCAGACACAACUUCUCAUUGGCUCGGUGUCACAAUACUGGAGACUUGCUUUCUGUUUAUAUUGUAAACUUGUACAGAAAAUCUGCAACCUUUUUUUAUACUUCGUCACGGGGUCUCACUUUUAAGAUGUUUUCUAGAAAAUAAGACUGCCUAUUGAAAAAAAAAGUAUUUUCAGGGAUCUGUAAAUGGAAUGACAAGUUGUUUAUUUCAAGAAGAAAAAAACAAAAAAAAGAAGGUCCACUGUGUACAGGAAGUCACCUUCCAUCGCCCCCUUUUUGGAAAGAUUGUUUCUUGUAGAAACGUCUUCAUUCCUCUUGCCUGUCUCAAACAUGUACAUAAGCUAACUGUGAAUAUGAUAUGAAUAUAUAUAUUUUUUUGUUCCCCCAAGGAUUUGCUACACCAUCCGAGCUCCGAGAGCUGUGUAACAUAUGAUGCGAGCGGUGAGCUUGUAGCACCACAUUUCAGCUUGUGUCAAGCUUUGGUUUUCUUUUCUUUGUAUUCAUUUUUGUGUUGUAAAUUCUAUGAAAUGAAAAGUUGUUUUGCGGUGUGGAGAAAGUGAGGAUGAUGAAAAAAAAA